CCCGGCCCCGCCAUGGCUGGCGUCGGCUUCGCGGCGCACCGCCUGGAGCUGCUCGCCUCCUACCAGGACGUGAUCGGCGAGGACAGCCCCACCGACUGGGCCCUCUACACAUAUGAGGAUGGCUCCGAUGACCUGAAGCUGGCAGCAUCGGGAGGCGGAGGUUUGCUGGAGCUCUCUGGCCACUUUGAGAUCCAGAAGGUGAUGUACGGAUUCUGCAGUGUCAAGGACCCCCAGGCCGUGCUCCCCAAAUAUGUCCUCGUCAACUGGGUGGGCGAAGAUGUGCCGGAUGCCCGCAAGUGUGCCUGCGCCAGCCACGUGGCCAAGAUCGCCGAGUUCUUUCAGGGCGUGGACGUCAUCGUCAACGCCAGCAGCGUGGAGGAUAUCGACCCGGGGGCCAUCGGGCAGCGGCUCUCCAACGGGCUGGCCCGCGUCUCCAGCCCGGUGCUGCACCGCCUGCGGCUGCGGGAGGACGAGAACGCCGAGCCCGUGGGCACCACUUACCAGAAAACCGACGCCACCGUGGAGAUGAAGCGGCUCAACCGGGAGCAGUUCUGGGAACAAGCCAAGAAAGAGGAGGAAUUGCGUAAGGAGGAGGAGCGGAAAAAGGCCCUGGACGCCCGGCUGCGGUUCGAGCAGGAGCGGAUGGAGCAGGAGCGGCUGGAGCAGGAGGAGCGGGAGCGGCGCUACCGGGAGCGGGAGGAGCAGAUCGAGGAGCACAGGCGGAAGCAGCAGAGCCUGGAGGCGGAGGAGGCCCGGCAGCGCCUGAAGGAGCAGUCCAUCUUCGGGGAGCAGCAAGAGGAGGACGACAGGCAGCAGCUCAGGAAAUCGGAGUCGGAGGUGGAGGAGGCUGCUGCCAUCAUCGCUCAGCGGCCCGACAACCCCCGGGACUUCUUCAAGCAGCAGGAGCGGGUGGCAUCGGGCAGCAGCGACACCGUCUCACCGGGUAGCCACAGGACAGGUCGUCUGCACUGUCCUUUCAUAAAGACAGCUGACAGUGGGCCACCUUCUUCCUCCUCCUCCUCCUCCUCCCCCCCACGGACCCCCUUCCCCUAUAUCACCUGCCACCGCACCCCAAAUCUCUCCUCUUUCUUCCCAUGCAGCCAGUCGGACGCCUACCGCAAGGCCUCGGCAGCGGGCUGCAGCCCCUGCGAGUCCAGCCCGGCCGCCACGCCGCUGGGCGAGCCGGGCACCCGUGCAUCGGGUGAUGAGGCACCGGCAACGCCCAAAGACUCCCCCAGCCCCAGCGCCCAGGAGGCCGGGCCAGCAGCCCCCGAGCAGCACUGGCCUUUCCCCGGGCCCGAGGACAAGGCCACUGAGCCCCACGGGGACGAGCCCGGCCCCAGGCCCGUGUGGACAGCGGGGGGUGACACCCUGGGGGACCUGGUGACCCUGGAGCCCGCUGAGCCCUCCCCGCCACCCACGGCUGCCGAGCCCCAGCCCGGGGGGACCCCCAACCCCGAGACCCUCAUCGACCUGUGGCAGAGUGACGGGGCGACACCCCCCGCUGCCUGGCCCAUGCCUGCCACCCCCAUUCCCGAGGGCCCCCCAGCUGCGCUGCCCGACGAGGGGGCCCUGCUGAGCCUGGACGAGCUGCCCGAGCCCCCUGCCACCUUCUGCGACGCAGAGCAGGAGGAGGAGGCAGCUGGGGGGGGGGACCCCCCGCCCCGGGGGCUCGGCUGCCAGCAUGCCCCCCAGGAGGACGCGCCGGGCCGAGAGAGCCCCCCCAUCACCAACGGGGAGAUGGCCCCCAAGGACGGGACGCCGGGUCGUGGGGAGCAGGCCAGCGAGGGCUACUUCAGCCAGUCCCAGGAGGAGGAGGUGCCGCCCCCCGAGGAGCCAUCGGCCAAAGCCCCCCAGCCCGUCUUCUACAACAAGCCCCCAGAGAUCGACAUCACAUGCUGGGACACGGACCCCCUGCCCGAGGAGGAGGAAAGCUUCGGGGGGGGCCUGUAGG